CUGCCCGCCACCUGCCUUUGCUUCACUUCACUCGAUCAGUGCUAGGUGUCGCCGACCCCAGACGGACAGGCUCACCAGGACAGACCAGCGCGCGUAAGAGUCCCACGCGCAAAGCCCUCAAUCAGACGCAGACAGGAAACGCCGGCGCCGGACCUAUAAAAGGCGCCACAGACGCAACGCCGCGAGCGACCGUACGACCCUCGCCGCAGCACCGCACGGAACCCCUACCGAGCCCCCAGUGUCGAACCUCCCUCGCACCCCUCGCUCAUGGGCCUCGCGCCUCCUCCAAACAGACGCCGCCGCUCCUCCGUUCCCACCACCGCCGCCGCCAUGCCGCAGCCCAGUAACAACAACAACAAUAGCAAACACGCCGCAGCCGCGUACGACUCGCCGGCGCGCCCGCCGUCGCCCGCCUACGACGUGGGCUACGACUCAUCCGCCAGCGACGGCAGCGACUCGGACGCGUCCCCGCAGGUCGAGCAGCUGCUCAUGAACCACCUGCGCUUCGCGCACGCCUUCCGCAAGAACGACGCCGCCAUGAUCCUGCAGUUCCUGGCCAAGGACGUGACGCUCGUGUCCGUGGACGGCGCGCGUCACGAGGGCCAGUCCGCCGUGCUCGCCUACCUCGUGGGCGCGCGCAUGACCAAGCUCAGCUCCAACCUGCACGUCAAGGGCUGCCCCACGCGCUCAGGCGCGUGCCAGUCUACGUUCAUCUACGAGCACGGCAUCGUGUUCAAGGACCCGCUGUACAUGGAGGUAUUGGACUGGAAGCCCAACAGCGCCACGAUCGUGCGGAUCGCGCACAUUGCGCUGCCCGACGCCAAGAGCGGCAAGACCCCGCAGGACUUCGGUAAGUCGUCGCCUCUGCGGCUGUCCUUCGGCACGAGGAUGUCGGACGACGAGGGCUCAAGUGAGUUCAGCCGAGAAUCAGACGCCAGUGACACCUGGGACCCGGAUAACAACAAUGCCAGCACGCCGCCGCCCGUCAAGGUGAGGUGUCGACGACUCAAGUCCAACAGCUCCGCUGACAGCAGCGCGGCCAUGUCGGCAGUUACGGCCGCCACCAUGAGGCUGUCCAGUAGCAGCAGCAGCAGUCAGAACGAGGCCGCCGUGCAGCCGCUGGCAGCAGGUGCUAUGGUCAUGCCGAUGCUCACAUUGGCUGAGAUCUCGUGCACAGGCCUCACUCCCAUUCGCAAGCGGAAGACAGUGAAUCCUUUUGUGCUCCUGCAGUGCCCCGAAGCAGGAUACGUAUGGAAGAGCCCCGUGAUGCGGCGCGACCCGAAUCCCAAGUGGAACCACAUCCCGUUGAAGAUCCCGCCCCAGAAGAUGGCCGAUGUGGUGGAGAUCUCGCUCUGGGACCACACCUUCUUCCGCUCCGUCAAGGUGGCCGGGGCGGCGCUCGUCGUGUCCGACAUCCUCAAGGACGACGCAGAGUUCAGCACCAACAUCCAGUUGGAGAGGUUCGACGCAGCCAACGCUGCUGGCGAGCCACAGUACGUGACGUUGCAGCUCCGGUUCGUGCGAUUGUGCGGCGACAUGGUAUGCCGCUCCUCGGAUGAAGUGGAGCAGAGCCCCGAGCAGUUGGACGAGACUGAGCCGAGCAAGGCGGAGCAGGCGACCUCUGCUGGCUCGGCGUUGAGCACCGGCGUCAAGUGGCUGGUGGUCGAUCCGUUCCAGGACGGGCACCACGCCAGCGUGCUGCUGAUGAUCGUCCGCGCAGUCAUUGUUGCAGCGAUCGUGUGGGUUCUAUUCCACGCCACCCUCGUGUGGCCCAUGCAAGCUUAAAAAAUGCAGGAGAAAGUUAGUUAGAAAGCGGCUUGCGGCCGAAAGAAAAAAGCAGUACCAUCAGUAAAACGUCAUGUAAAUUAUCAACCAUUGUUCAACAACGACAACUCGCUACCGGUAGUUCGUCUCCUGCUUCGCAUGAAGAAAACUUGUUCAGGGUGGAACGCCGCGUUCAUAUCCCAGUGCUCACUCGUAGACGAAGGUGGGUGUGAACUCACUGUGAGUCACGUGCAAGAGCGGCGUAAACAUGUCGCGCGAGCGCAGGUCGGCCCAGGGCACCCAGCUCCAGCCCUCGCACUUGUUGGGCUCCAUGUUCCGGACGGUCUGCCCGUCGUCCACGACGGCCUGCAUGAGGAUCGUGAUGUAGUGCUUGCCCUCGUCCUCCAUCGGGUCGUUGGUCACGGUCGCGAACUUGGCCGCCUUCAGGUCCAGGUCUGCUCGGCACCACUUCAAUUAGAUCCACCAAGUUUGAGGGUACAUGUGCAAGAUGGCGGUCGCCUAACGCACCUGUCUCCUCCUUGACCUCUCGCAGCGCACAUUCCUCCCAGCUCUCGUACAUCUCGAGGUGUCCGCCGGGCAGAGCAACCUUGCCCUCGCCGUGCGAUCCCUUGCGCUGGCCGAUGAGCACGCAGCCCGGGUGCUUCUUCGACAUGAGCAUGACACCGACACCCACGCGCACCACCGUUUUCUGCUCCUUCAACUUGGCGUACUCGGCCUGCAGCGUCCCCAUGCUGUAGCAUACAUAGAGACCAGCGAGGUGAGCUACUGA